GUUUUAGGAAUAGGCGGGGAUAUUAAAAGUUUGCGAUGCAAGGAGUUAAUUUACACUGCCCGUUAGUUAUCAAAUAAGCAUGUCACUCAUGAGAAUGGAAUCACAAAAUAUAGAACAAAAUGUUCCGAGUACAAAUUCUAGUGGUGAUAGUCCGACGACACUUAUCUAUGGUUUACCAUCUCUUUUCACAUCUGAGAUUUUAUAUGACGGACCUAAACGAUGUAUACUCAAGACAAAUGUGGAUAAGAUAUCUUCUAGCGGCACUUCAAAUAAUAUGAAUGGAGGUCAUCGAACAGAUACGGAUUACACGGGAUUAUGCCACAAAGAAUGUUUUUCUGUCCCUCAUAUUCGCGAAUUAACAGACAGUACAAUAAAGGAAAAUGUGGCUAGCUCUCAAAGCAACGAAGCAAGAGGAUCUUGUGAUUCGGUGACAUGUUUUUCAGAACACGAGUUGUCCGACAUUCCUUUGAGUUCCAAUGACGAAAACAGAGUGAAUUUUGAUGUAUCGGAUAUUUCGAAACAGUUGGUUCUAUUGUCCCCUUUUUCUGGAAAAAAGUUCGCGACCAUCCGUUCAGAUAGCAGUUAUGUCCCAAUUGCGUCUAGUUUUUUAACGGAAAAGGAUAGUGCUUGUGUUCGGUCCCGGGGUGUGAUGCAGCAAAGUACGUUACAGCCAAAACAUAUCACUGUAACAAUGCCUACUGUAGAAGAUGGUCUCUCAAGUGGCAGUGACACAGGUAGUCCGUGUCUUAUUUCAAGAUCUCACGUGAAAGACUGUUCAUUCGAUAUGCGCUCGUUUUCUGGUAGCCCUGAUUCAGUCACAGACAUUUACUGUGGGAGACCUACCAUUAAUUCAAGUUCUGGUAGUCUCGAUGGAGAGCAUUUGCUAAAUCCUGCCAUAGUGCAAGAUAUUUCAAACGAUAUAAUGGAUAUUAAAAGGACUUUAGGUGCUUCUGACCACGCAAAAACAUACAUUCCUACAUGUGAACAAAAUGUUGUAAAUGCCGUAAAUACGAGCAAAUCAAUAGAACAAAAUAUCAAUCCAAAAUCUCCUGACAGAGUAAAUGGCUGUCAUUGUAUUGAGAUGAAAACCGGAUUCACACCUUCAGAUGUAUCUCAUGAUAAUAAAAUCUCUUCCUCUAGCCGUAAUUGGGAUAUGUUUAGUGACCACGAUAAAGAGAAAAAUACUGUUCAGGCUGUUGUAGAAUAUACGGAUGAAGGUACAUUUGACCAAGCCUCUUGUAAUGCUACUGAUAUCAAAAAUAAUAUUCUGGAAUCACCUACUGAUUUAUAUUCACACAAACAAAUGCACCAUUGGACAUUCCCUGCACAAGUACAUACUGUCUAUAGUUCAAGUGAAGAUGAAACUUCCCAUAGAAGUAAUACUAGUAAAUCUAUUCCUAAUAAAUCUGAAAUUAAAUCUCAUAAUAAUUCAGAUAAAGGACAAAAUACAAAAUGUUCAUCACCAUUAUCAUUUUCAUCGUUUGAGAAUUCAAAACAAAAAAGUCAGUAUAAAGCAUCAACCAAUUCAAGUCAUCCAGGUACGAUAGCAAAUAAAUUAAAUUCGAAGAGUGCAGCUCAUACUAAUGUUAAUUCUGAUGAAGUUUAUAAGUCACCCAUUUCAAGACAGUCCGAUCGUCGAGACGGGGAUUUCGACAGCGAUGAGGAUACAGCUCAACUAUUAGAUAAACAGUAUCAAGCUGAUAAACAAGUUUAUAUUCCAGAAUUGAAAGAUAAGUCUUGCAUAGAGGCUGAUCGUCAACGUAGAGUUCGAGAAGUCUCUGUUCGACAUCCUGAACAACCAGAUGUUCUCAUACAUGGAUUAUUGUUUCGAGCUCAGUAUAUGGGAAGUACUCAGAUUUUAUGCAAUAAACAAUCAACACGAAUGUCUCGUAUGCUUCAAGCUCAAGAAGUAGUGAAUCGUAUCAAGGGUGCUCCAGAUGACGAAUCACAUCCUAGCGUAACAGUUGAAUUGUUUGUCUCAACAGAACGUAUUAUGAUAUUAAACAGUAAUCUUGAAGAUAUUUUGAUUGAUCAUAAAUUACGUGCAGUUUCAUAUAUUGCUGAUAUUGGCGACUUAUUUGUUCUAAUGUCACGUCGAUUAGAUCCUUCAACACAAUCAGAUGAGUCUGAAAAUUAUUUUACGUCUAAUCAUCAGAAUAAUGAACCGAAAGAAAAUUCAAAUUAUAACGCCGAUAAUAAUAAUACUGAGCAACAACUCUCAGUAGUAUCACCUAAUUCAAAUAUUUCCAGUGUUACAAAAUCAACAAUGAUAGAAAAAUCAAAAAAGCCAAUGAAAAUGAUUUGUCAUGUGUUAGAAUCAACAGAAGCUCAAUUAAUUGCUCAAACAGUUGGACACGCAUUUCAACUUGCUUACUUAGAUUUUCUACGAGAAAAUGGUAUUGAAGAUUUAGGCAUUAUAAAACAAUUAGAUUAUGAUGAUAUUUUAAAACAACAAGAAAUAUUCUGUGAUGAACUUUCUUUAUUUUGUGAUAAAGAUAAUCAUAAAGAGGUUACUAUACCGAAACAAAAAGGUGAAUCAUUAGGUGUCGUAAUUGUAGAAUCUGGUUGGGGCAGUCUAUUACCAACUGCUUUAUUAGCUAAUAUGCAUCCAACUGGUCCAGCUGCACGAUGUGGACAACUGAAUAUCGGAAAUCAAAUUGUCGCUGUUAAUGGGCAAAGUUUAGUUGGCCUGCCACUUUUAACAUGUCAACAAAUAAUUAAAAAUUGUCGGCAAUCUACAAUCGUAAAAUUAAUGAUAAUCAGUUGUCCACCUGUUGUUGAAGUACUUAUUCGUCGUCCUAGUUUAAAUUAUCAACUUGGUUUCAGUGUACAAGAUGGUGUAAUUUGUAGCCUACUUCGUGGUGGUAUUGCUGAACGUGGUGGAAUUCGUGUAGAUCAUAGAAUUAUUGAAAUUAAUGGUGAAAGUGUAGUUGCUGUAUCACAUGAAAAAAUUGUACAACUUCUGGCUACUUCAGUUGGUGAAAUACAUAUUCGAACAAUGCCUACCUCAGUCUUCCGUCUAUUGACAGGACAAAUUAUUCCUCGGUAUAUAUGAUAAAGAGAAUUUACUUGGUUGUGUAUAUUAUACAUUUAAUCUCUUAUUUGUUGUAUCUGGAGCAUUUAUUUCUGUGAGUAUUGACAAUGUUUAUCAACCGAUGAAAUGAUCUGAUUCACAAUAAUAAUCUCAUAGGAAUUUGCAACUUGUACUCUGUUAUGUACGUAAAUAUAUUGUGGGAAGUCCCAAUGAUUUCAUUUCUCUUUGAACUAGGUUUUAUUUACAUAUAUAGUCAGAUGUCUUUAUAUAUAUGGUUUUGAAAAAACGCCUCCUUUUUAAAUAGACUAAUGAUGAUGGUCAUUUUAUUUUAUCUCGUGUUUUUUUGUGUUCUGUUUAUUUUUUUUUCUUUAAAACAUUGGGAUAAUAUUACUUAUUUUAAUAUUAAUCACACGUUAACAGGAUUGAAUAUUCGCACAGAUAAUCUGUUGUACUCAUAUAUAUAUCUGCUCCUAUUUUUCCGAUCCAUAACACAUCUGCCCAUAUACAUAAUAACAUCGUUGUCAAUUUUAAUUGAUACACGGAAUUAUUCCCAUUUUUUCAGGUUUAUUUUUCUCCCAGAAUAAUUAUGCAUUUCUAUUUAUUAUUCUUUGUAUUAAUACUAAUUUUUCUUGAUUGUUUUUUUUAACAAGUUAAUAUUGUGUUGUCCGUUUGCCUUGAAAAUUUUAUUUACUUUCAUCUCUAUUAAAACAAUCUUGUUCUUAUAUUUGAUUUAUUAUACAGUAUUGAAUUGGUAGUAGUUUUUACUAACGGGAAAUAACAUUGUAUGUUUACUGUUGUUGUUCUCUCUCUCUCACUUUCUCAGAGUUUAUUUACUUAAUAUCAAAAUUACGAUUGUUAUUUCUAUGGUUGUCGUAUGGGAAAAAAAAUUCCUCUUCCCUAUUCAUCAAUACAAACUGAACUUAAUAUC